AUGUACGGGUUAGCUACCCUUAUAUUGAGAUCUCCACUAGCUGUAAUCAACAGAAAGAAUAAAAAACAGGUUGGUGAGGAAUUGCAGGCUAAUUUUUCUCGGAACCACCCAAAGACUCAGCCUGAUCCGGAGAAGGAUGGAGCAAACGGCACCUCUCUGGAUAACGGCACCGUAAGAACUCGCAACGAAUCAGGUAAAAGGUUUUUAAGGUCAGACAUUGUAGGGGACGGAAGUUGUCUAUUCAGAGCAAUAAGUGUAUUCUUGUACGGGAGUCAAGACCAACAUCAACAGAUCAGGAUGAACACCACCAACUACAUCCAUGACAACUGGUCUGCUCUCAAAAUAUACGUAGUAGAAAAUGAUCAAAAUAAUAAUCCCACUGCAGAAUGUACAAUCAUUAAAUCUAUCAGCCAUUCUCAAGAGCUGAAUGAAGAUGAUGCUGUACCAAUGCUAGGCUUAGAAAAAUCUAUUUCGAAUCUGAAUGCAGUCAUAAGAAAUAAUGUCAAAACUGUCGGGGAUUUCAAAGCUCUCAAGAAAAUAGUGGCUUCCAUUGAGCGGACUCUAAAGACCAUACAAGAAAGCAAAACAAGGAAACAUUCUUUGCUCACUAAUGAAAAGCCAAAACCAGGAGCAGUACCAAAGAUUAUUCCACAGCGCCAUAAUCCUCUUUUAUUUUCAACAAAAAAUAAAAAAGCAAAAAACAGACAAAAGGAAAAAUGUUAA